UGUAAACUCGAUUGACAGCUGUGGUUGUGCCCUAUCAAGUAUCAAGUAACAACUCUGGGAAGUGGUUCUCAGGAGGUGUGUACGUCCUGUGUGUUGUCUGUUUACGUCAUACACUUUGAAAAAAGUCGUAAACCUAAGUUAUGCCUCUUGGCAUUCAUGUAAAUUGUCAGUCUAGUUGAGGAAGGUGAGAACUUAAGUUUUAGGGUAGCUGUCGUGAAAGAAAGGCUGGUCGAGUGCGAGUUGUGGUUGUAGGAAAAGACAACUUCGAGGCCAAGGCGAAAAGCAUGGAUGGUAGCAAGAGGUGAUUGCUAAUCUAGCCAGCAUGAUUCAUGCAUGUCGAUGUGUUAUGCCUCUAGAUGGAUGGGAUGUAUGAAACAAUGCAGUGUCGCCUUUGGAUUAUCUGAAAGUUUAUAAGUUCCAGAGCAGAAAGGGAUGUGGGAUAUCACCAGCAGAUGACAUUUUUUGUCUUGUCAUUCAUUGUUUAACCUUUGGCUGUUGAUCAGCUUUAAGGUUUAGACACUCCAUUUCUUCCAAGUUGACUGAGAAGCUUGCGUUUUUUGACAAAGUGCAGUGAUGAUAACACUGAAAUCCCUCAUCAUUCAUAGCAGACAGAGCUCAUCAGUCAUCAUUGGUUUGUGCAUUGGCAUUGCUAUAAGUAUUAUUCAGACACCCUUCAUUGAAGAUGACUGUACGAGAUUUGACCAAUUUAGCGGUAAAUUACGAGACCUCAGAAGCGAUGGCACUGCUGAGGAAGACUAUGAGCCCAAACUCAUCAUUGAUAAUAAUUACAACAAUGAAAAUGUACCGAAGUCAUCAAAAGCCCAGAAGAUCUUAAGACCUCGCUAUUACUCCACAGAACUUGGAAUAAGAGAGAAACUUCUGGUUGCGGUUAUUUCUUCAAAGGAGACAAUAGGUUCAUUUGGUAUUGCAAUUAACAAAACUCUCCAUCAUCAUGUUGACAAGCUGAUAUUUUUCAUUGAUGGUAUUGGAUCACAGAAGCUUGGGCUAGAUAUUCCUGUGGUUGGUUUUAAGGAUACAAAGCCACUCAUUAAGAUAUUUAGAGUGUUCUCAUAUUUGAGUGAAAACUAUAUAAAUGAAUAUGAUUAUUUCUUGGUUGUGUCUGACCACACUUAUGUCAAUGGCAGGAAGAUUUAUGACAUAGUGCAACACAUUAGUAUUAGUGAACAUGUCCAUAUGGGGAAGUUAAUGGAAAAUCCUGAGUCCUUCUAUUGCUCAGUUGAUUCAGGCAUCAUUCUCAGUCAUUCCAUCCUGCAAGCAGUGAUUAGUAAGCUAAACUGGUGCACUCGCAAUACAUAUUCUGAAACUGAUACGGAUAAUCUUGGCCGCUGUAUUCUUCAUGCAACAGAUAAGCCCUGUUUCAGUAGCUUGCAGGGACAACAGUAUGUGAGUUACCGAUUGAGAGAUGACGCAGAAGUUGAAAGUCACCUCCAGUUGAUAGGGACAAGCUCUCUAGUUAGGGAAGCUGCAACAGUCUCCAAUGUAGCAGAAGCCUCAGAUAUGUACAUUCUUCAUAAGUUUUAUUUGCAGGAGGAACUGAAACGAGUCGAUUCCAGUAUUUCAAAAGCAAGAAAUGAAAUUUCAAGAGUAAGGCCAUAUUCACCAAGAAAGAAAGCUGAAGAAACUUGGCCAGUUGGAUCAGCACCAGCUCACAGGCCUGCAACGAGGUUUGAUAUCAUUCGAUGGGACACAUUCAAUGGAACUCACAUAUUUUAUCCAGAUGACUUCCACAAUACCAGACCAGUUGCAGGAGCCGAUUUAUUGGAUAUUAUGGGAGUUGUAAAUGCUAGUAUAUUAUAUAUCACAAAGACCAGGGGGAAUUUGGAAUAUAGAGGAAUUGAAUAUGGACAUCGUCGAUUAGACCCAACCAGGGGAGUUGAUUAUCUUCUUUCACUUAUAUUCCGAGACAAUACUUCUGGACAGACAGUCACAAGAAAAUUUGAAGCAACAAGACCUCUUACUGAGCCUGAGAUGAUACCAAUGCCGUAUGUAACAGAAAAUACUCGGGUCACUUUAGUUCUACCGGUAAUUCAGGCAGAUAUUAUCAAGGCAACAGAGUUUAUCAAUAGAUAUGAAGUAGAAUGCAUGGAGAAGGGUGAACAUACAUUUCUCCUCCUUGUUUUAUUGUACAGCCCUGGAACUGGCUCUGGGGAAGACAGUGUGGAUGAGUUCAAGAUGCUGAAAGACCUCGCCCUGAAAUAUACUCGAAAACAUCAUGACUCUGGAUCUAAAAUUGGCUGGAUGACUGUACACAUGCUCCAGCAGAAACCAUCAGAUUUUGCUAUUAUGGACCUUGUUAUGAAGAAGUUCCAAGAAGAAACUCUGAUACUUAUGACUAAACAUUUGGCACACUUGAGCAAUGAUUUCUUAAAUAGAGUUAGAAUGAACACAAUUUUGAAUUGGCAGGUAUUUUCACCUGUUCCUUUUACUCAGUACCAUCCAAGUACAGUGGAUGAAAAAAUAUCAUAUCAGAAGCUUGAUGUCAGCAGAACAGUUGGCCACUUUGACAGAUACAACUUCGAUCACUUGAGCUUUUAUGCUGGUGAUUAUGUUACAGCAAGAAGUGCUGCAGCAGAAACCAUUCCACAUAUUCGAGUAGAGGGAGACCUGAAGCUGGACCGCCCUGAGGAGUAUGACUUCAACAUAUAUGGACUUUUUUUGCGAGUAUCGAAUCUACACGUCUUAAGGGCUGCUGAACCAAGUCUCAAGCUGGAAUACCAAGAUGUAGAUUGCACAAACAUUAUCAAACAUCUGAGUGAACAGCAGCAUGCUACAUGUCUGUUGCAGCAGGGAUCAUCACUGGGCCUUAGAUCACAGCUCAGUAAAUUGAUUCUGAGAUACUUGAGAGGAGAGAAAGAGCAAUGAUGAGUUAAUAAUUUCAGUAUUGUAUAUGGAUUGUAAAAUAACAUCUGGUGCAUAAUCCUGCCAAGUAGUUUCAGUACAUAGUACUUGCUCAAUAGUAGCAGUAUACUAAUAUAUUGGUUGAUCAUAUGCUGUACAGUGUGUACAAGUCAUUUUCAUAAUAUGGGCUGUGAGGAAGUGUAGAUCUUUAUGGUUGAAAAACUAUCCAAUACACUAGUGGUUAACUAAUUGUCAAUUUUUUUAGUCUUAGUCAGCAGAAGACCAUUAGUAUAAAAAUUAGCUCCUGUAUACUUAAAACAUUGCACAUUUACUUCCCCAAAUACUGCUAUCCAGUUUCUUGACUGACUUUUUAACUAUACCUUAAUGUAAUUUGUUAUUUUCCUCUUGAGUUGUACUAAAACAAGUACAUCUUUCAUAGAUUUAACUAAACUGUGCUGUCCCAAAUUUAGUAUAUGUAAUGGAGCAUAUCUUAUUUUUAUUUUUCACCAGAAUACUAGUUUGCAGUUCAGUUACUUCUGGACCAUCUCCAAGAGCGUUAAGAGGAAAAUUACUCUGAACUUGGUAGCAGUGGAAAAUGGUAUUUGUUGUAAACUAGUCUUAAUUAUACUGCAGUUUAGCCAGCCUAAAAUUCCUGUUCUAAGGACGUGCUUUAAGGUCAAGUUAAAUUUUUUUUUAAAUAUUUACGUGUUUACCAAUUUUUUUUGGAAUUAUUUGAGUUUUGGGGAAUUAGUCCUGCACUAAUGAGUAAAACUCUUGAUACCAAGAAAAGGGUAAUAUUUUUUAAAUAUAUUUCUGUGUAGGUCAAACUACAUUUUCUGAUGAAUUCUUUUAAAAGAAAAACAUUUUACAACUUCAAAGACUUGAUGCUUCCUACUUGAAUACUCACGAAAGAAAAAAAAAAAGCAGACUAGCAGUUAAAUGACGAUUUUGUCCAAUGUGAUUUUGCUGCCUGGAAUUAGUUUUAACUGAUGACGCAACAGGUUGUAGGUUAUGCUGGGUAGUACAAUGUUUUAUACAAUAGUAGUCAAUGACGUUUGCCAUAAUGAAUAGAAAGUGCCUAUAUUUUAUAUUUUGCUAUAUCGACAAUAAAUAAACCAGAGUC